UCUGUUUGUAACCUCCCGUGAAUAUCUUCAUUAAAUCUGUUCUUAUUGGAAUAAAAAGCAGGAUGAAGACUUUCAUAAUCAUUAUUUUAUUUCUCUUGUGUGGUGUGUUUGGCGAUGAUGUAAAGUCAGUGUCAGUGAUGGAGGGAGAUUCUGUUACUCUACGCACUGAUAUUACUGAAAUAAAGACAGGUGAUCUGGUCUGGUGGAGGUUUAAAAAAGGCGAUUCUAAAGAUCUUUUAGCUGAAAUUGGUAAAAACAAGAUCUGGUAUGGUGAGAGAUUUAAAGACAAACUGUUGACAGACGGUAAGACUGGAGAUCUCAACAUCACGAACAUGAAGAUCAAAUAUUCUGGACUCUAUGAAGCAGAGAUCAACAGUGGCACUGGAACAUCAUACAAGAGAUUUAAUGUUACUGUCAAUGAAUCGCCUCUUGUUAGUAAUGCUGAAAUGAGUGUUGUGAAGUCAGUGUCAGUGACUGAGGGUGAAUCUGUUACUCUACAAACUGAUGUUAAACUACAGACAGAUGAUCUGAUACUGUGGAGGUUUGGAGAUCAAAGCGUUCUCAUAGCUAAAGGUGAUAUGGAGGACAAUAAGACUUCAGUAUAUGAUGAUGAUGAUGGGAGUUUCGGAGACAGACUGAUGCUGAAUGAUCAAACUGGAGAUCUCAUCAUCACUAACAGCAAAUCUAAACACAGUGGAGUUUAUCAACUAAAGAUCAGCAGAAACAAACAAACCUUUUACAAGACAUUCAGUGUUAUUGUCAGGGGAGCUGGUUCAUCUUCAGGUGUUAUAGCAGGAUUAUGUGUUUUCUUCCUCCUGGUUAUUGCUGCUGUUAUUGCUGCUGGUUUGAUUUUGUAUCGUCACAAGAUCUCUAAACUCAAACUAUUGGUUCCUGUAGAUGAACAGAAAAGUUUGGUGCCACGCAGUGAAAUGGAAGCAGAAAUGAGAGAUGAUGAGUUAAAGGAAGUAACAUACAAAGGUCAUGGAAACAGUCAGAAGCCGCAGAACUCAUAUGAAAUGUUAAUAUCAGUGGAAGGAGAUCAGGCUGAUGUUGCUGUGAUCAAUGAAGUGAAGUCAGGAUCAGUGAAAGGAGUUCAGGCUGUAACAGACACAUUUCAGGAAAACACUCAGAAGCCACAGAACUCAGUCACAUACAAAAAUGAUAAAAACACUCAGAAGCAGCAGGACUCAGUGUGUGCUGCUGAUAUAAAUGAUGAGAUGAUCAGAACAGGAAAGUUGGCGGAAUCUGUGACUUUAGACACUUGUGUUACUGAAAUCCAGAGAGAUGAUGAGAUACUGUGGAUGUUUGAAGAUAUGACUAUAGCUCAAUACACUGGAGGCAAAGAUAAACCUACAUUAAAUAAAACUGAUGAGAGAUUUAAAGACAGACUGGAGAUGAACCAUCAGACCGGAGUUCUCACCAUCAAAAGAACUAUACCUGAAGUCACUGGAGUUUAUAAAGUACAGAUCAAGAACAGCAGGGGGAACAAAGAGAGAAAAUUCGGUGUUGCUUUGUAUGUGCAACAUUUGAAGGGAAAAUUUGUUACUUUAUGCACUAAAGUUAAAAUAAAUGAAGGUGAUAAAGUGAAGUGGACCUCAAAAGAUAAAAGCACUCUUGUAACUGGAAUGAAUGGAGACAACAGCAAGACUUCAUAUACAGAUGAUGAGAGAUUCAGAGACAGACUGAAGAUGAACGCUCAGACUGGAGAUCUCCUCAUCAGAGAUAUCAGAAAGACAGAUGAAGGAGUUUAUACACUAAAACUGACCAAAGCUGAUGGAAAAAUCACAUACAGAAUAUUUAAUGUUGAAGUCACUGGAUUUUGUGUCAAGGGGUCUCAGAAUUAUACAUCCCAGCCUGAAAGAGCCAAAGCUCAACAAAACCUUCAGAAGCCGCAGAACUCAGAUGGACAGAAAGGUUUUGUGCAAAGCAGAGUAAAGGAAGCAGAAAGGAGAAAUGAUGAGAUUAAGGAAGUAACAUACAAAGGUCAUGGAAACCCUCAGAAGCCGCAGAACUCAGAUGAAGUGAAGUCAGUAUCAGUGAAAGGAGAUCAGGCUGUCUGUGCUGCUGAUAUAAAUGAAGAGAUGAUCAGAACAGGAAACUUGGGGGAAUCUGUGACUUUAGACACUUGUGUUACUGAAAUCCGGAGAGAUUAUGAGAUACUGUGGACAUUUGGAGACAUGCGUAUAGCUCAAUACACUGGAGACACUAAUAAAUAUACAUUAUACACUGAUAAGAGAUUUAAAGACAAACUGGAGAUGAACCAUCAGACUGGAGAUCUCACCAUCAGAAACAUCAGACCUGAAAACACUGGAGUUUAUAAAGUUCAGAUCAAGAACAGCAGCGGCACCAAAGAGAGAAAAUUUAGUGUUGCUUUCUCUGGCAACUCAGGUGAACCCGGCGACUCAGGCGACUCAGGUGAACCCGGCGACUCAGGCGACUCAGGUGAACCCGGCGACUCAGGCAACUCAGGUGAACCCAGCGACUCAGGUGAACCCGGCGACUCAGGUGAACCCGGCGACUCAGGCAACUCAGGUGAACCCGGCGACUCAGGCAACUCAGGUGAACCCGGCGACUCAGGCAACUCAGGUGAACCCGGCGACUCAGGCAACUCAGGUGAACCCGGCGACUCAGGCAACUCAGGGGAACCCGGCGACUCAGGCAACUCAGGUGAACCCGGCGACUCAGGCAACUCAGGUGAACCCGGCGAAUCAGGUGAACCCGGCGACUCAGGCAACUCAGGUGAACCCGGCGACUCAGGCGAACCCGGCGACUCAGGCAACUCAGGUGAACCCGGCGACUCAGGCAACUCAGGUGAACCCGGAGACCCAGGCAACUCAGGUGAACCCGGCGAAUCAGGUGAACCCGGCGAAUCAGGCGGUUCAGGCAAGCCCGAGGAUUCCGGUGAUUCAGUGUGUGCUGCUGAUAUAAAUGAAGAGAUGAUCAGAACAGGAAACUUGGGGGGAUCUGUGACUUUAGACACUUGUGUUGCUGAAAUCCAGGGAGAUGAUGAGAUACUGUGGAUGUUUGAAGAUAAGACUAUAGCUGAAUAUACUGGAGGCAAAGAUAAACCUACAUUAAAUAAAACUGAUGAGAGAUUUAAAUACAAACUGGAGAUGAACCAUCAGACCGGAGAUCUCACCAUCAAAAACUUCACAUCUGAUCUCACUGGAGUUUAUAAAGUACAGAUCAAGAACAGCAACGGCAACAAAGAGAGAAAAUUCGGUGUUGCUUUGUAUGUGCAACCUAUGAAGGGAAAAUGUGUUACUAUAUGCAGUCAAUUUAAAAUAAAUGAAGGUGAUGAGGUGAAGUGGACCUCAAAAGAUAAAAGCACUCUUGUAACUGGAAUGAAUGGAGACGACAGCAAGACUUCAUAUACAGAUGAUGAGAGAUUCAAAGGCAGACUCUUUAUGAUCGCUCAGACUGGAGGUCUCACCAUCAGAGAUAUCAGACAGACAGAUGAAGGAGUUUAUACACUAAAGCUGACCAACACUGAUGGAAAAAUCACAUACAGAAUAUUUAAUGUUGAUGUCACUGGUCUUGGAAACAUUCAGAAGCAGCAAAACUCAGAUUCAGCAGAUGUCAGUGAAGAAUCAGUGACGGUUAAGACACCUUUCUGUUAAAACCCUCUGAGUGCUGUUAAAAGCAGGAUAGGCAGGAAUU